CCCCCCCCUCCAAUCGCCAAUUCCACCUAUCCCACCUCUUCCUUUACCGGCCAGAUAAUCAGGGGGAGUGAGUGCCCUGCUCCACAUCAUCCGUCAUGGCCUCCCAAACCCCCGCCGUUGUCAUGGACAACGGAACCGGUUAUUCCAAGCUUGGUUUCGCCGGUAACGACUCGCCCUCUUUCGUCUUCCCCACGGCAAUUGCCACCAAGGCCGCAGGCGCAGGGGGUGCCUCCGCGGGCAGACCCCCCGUUGGGAACAAGCCGUCCUUCCUGGCUGGCGGUGGUGGGGCCGGCUCUCACCUGUCCGCGAAGCGUGGGACGGAGGACCUGGACUUCUUCAUCGGCGACGAGGCUCUGUCCGCCGCCAACGGCCCCGGAUAUGCCAUCAACUACCCCAUUCGUCAUGGCCAGAUCGAGAACUGGGAUCACAUGGAGCGCUUCUGGUCCAACUCCAUCUUCAAGUACCUGCGCGUCGAGCCCGAGGACCACUACUUCCUCCUCACCGAGCCGCCCUUGAACCCCCCCGAGAACCGCGAGAAUACCGCCGAGAUCAUGUUCGAGUCCUUCAACUGCGCCGGUCUCUACAUCGCCGUCCAGGCCGUGCUGGCGCUCGCCGCCUCCUGGACCUCCUCGAAAGUCACCGACCGCUCCCUCACCGGAACCGUCAUCGACUCCGGUGACGGUGUGACCCACGUUAUCCCCGUCGCCGAGGGCUACGUCAUUGGCUCCUCCAUCAAGAGCAUCCCCGUGGCCGGCCGAGACAUCACCUACUUCGUACAGAGCCUGCUCCGCGACCGCGGCGAGCCGGACAGCAGCUUGAAGACGGCCGAGAAGGUGAAGGAGGAAUACUGCUACGUGUGCCCGGACAUCGUCAAGGAGUUCGCCCGCUACGACCGCGAGCCCGAUCGCUUCCUGAAGCACACCGUCAGCGCGCCCAACGGCCGCAGCGUGAGCAUCGACAUCGGCUACGAGCGCUUCCUGGCCCCCGAGAUCUUCUUCAACCCCGAGAUCUACUCCUCCGACUUCCUCACCCCCCUGCCCAACGUCGUCGACGGCGUCAUCCAGUCCUCCCCCAUCGACGUGCGCCGAGGCCUCUACAAGAACAUCGUCCUGUCCGGCGGCUCCACACUGUACAAGGACUUCGGCCGGCGUCUGCAGCGCGACAUCCGGCACCUGGUGGACGCCCGCAUCCGCGCGUCCGAGGCGCGCAGCGGCGGCGCCAAGAGCGGAGGUCUGGACGUCGCGGUCGUGACGCAUAAGAGACAGAGACACGGCCCGUGGUUCGGAGGUAGCUUGCUCGGCCAGACGCCCGAGUUCCGCAGCUACUGCCACACCAAGGCCGAGUACGACGAGAUCGGCCCCAGCAUUGUCCGUCGGUUCGCUCUUCUGGGUGGACCUGGCAGCUCGUAAGCGGUUUCUUACUGCGUCGUACUGCCUUCUUCUAUCUCUCUCUCUCUGUGUGUCUGUUUGUUAUCGUUGUCUGUCUGUCUGUCUGUCUGUCUGUCCAUAGUUUUUCAUGAUUCGUCCGAAUGCCUUUCCAUCUGGCCUUCCGGCUUAUGUAUCCGGGGAAGAAAGUAAAUAGACGGUGUGUGCGGAGAUGGCAUGCAGCUUUAUGCUCGCUUGCUUCUGUCGCUAAAAUGGGAUCUGUUGAGUGGGUUGCUUCUUCUUUUUCUUCUUCUCGGCUCGAUGUAU